AUGCCGAAAUCUGUAGCCUCGCACUAUGCGUACGACGCAGACGCCUUUGACGAUGAUGACACGCCGGGCACUCCCAGGAGUAGCAGAGGCAGCACCAUCAGACGACAUGGGAGACGCCUCGCAUCCGACUGGGACUUGAAGAGCCGCCUUCCCUCACGACUAAUUCUCGAUGAUCACGCUUCCUUGCUGGACAACCCUGAUGGCCGACCCUCAUACCGCGCUGUUGCAUCAGCACCGCAAUCGCCGAGAAAGACUUUCAAGAGACGGAAUAGCGCCCCAGGCAGUGAACGACGUUCGGGGACCCUAGGUUCGCGAGUCGCAAAAGCUCUUGGAGCCGAAGCGAAUAUUGUCGAAGGUAUGCAUUGUUUAUCCGAUUCCAUCUACUACGACGACCGCGUGUGGUACGAUCAAUACACGAGUACCGACUGGGUACAGGACAGCAUAAGCGAUGCCUUCCGCUUGAAAGAGUUGCGUAGCCGUAAAGGCUUCAGGGGCAGGGCCGAGGGCUUGUUCGAUUCCGCCCAGGGCUGGAUACUGGUCGCCCUGAUUGGAUGUGUCACUGCUGGAAUCGCUUAUAUUGUCGACGUCUCGGAGUCUGUCAUCUUCGAUUUAAAGACGGGAUACUGUUCUCAUGCAUGGUACUACGGAAAGAAAAGCUGCUGUGGAGGCGCCAGUACCUGCGACCAAUGGUCUCGCUGGUCAUUGCAUCUUACCCCUGGCCCAGAGGAGAACGGAUGGUUCGACUAUGCGGCUUUCGUCUUCUGGGUGAUAUUCCUGUCUAUAGCAGCUUGUCUGAUCACCCUACAGACAAAGACUGUUAUCAGCUCAGCCAUUAGUCUAUCUACACUCGACGAGAACCUCGCAGCGCAAGCCCCGGCUUCCGGCGAAGCGAGAAAAGACAGUAUUGGAAGUCCCAUGGGUCGCUUUGCCAAAGCCGCGCAACGGCCUCCGAUGGUCUACUAUCCUGCCGCAGGAAGUGGUGUGGCUGAGGUAAAAGUCAUUCUCAGUGGUUUCAUCAUCCGCGGAUAUCUGGGUCUCCGAACUCUUAUAUUCAAGACUUUGGGAUUGAUCUUGAGUGUUGCUUCUGGUCUCUCACUUGGCAAAGAGGGUCCUUUUGUUCACAUCGCCACCUGUGUUGGCAAUGUAGCAUGUCGUAUGUUCGAAAAGUACCACGUUAAUGACGCCAAGCGACGAGAGAUUCUUAGUGCUAGUGCCGCAAGUGGCGUUGCUGUUGCAUUUGGCUCUCCAAUCGGUGGUGUUCUCUUCAGCUUGGAGGAAGUCAGCUACUACUUUCCUCCGAAGACAUUGUUCAGAACUUUCUUCUGCUGUAUCGCUGCAGCGUUGUCUCUAAAGUUCCUUAAUCCCUACGGAACUAACAAGAUUGUCCUCUUCGAAGUUCGCUAUUUGACAGAUUGGCAGUUCUUCGAGAUGAUCAUCUUUAUACUUCUGGGCGUCCUCGGCGGUACUCUCGGAGCACUGUUCAUCAAGGCUUCUCGUCUUUGGGCAACUACAUUCAGGCGUAUCCCUAGUAUCAAGAAGUACCCGGUGCUCGAAGUUUUCAUAGUCGCUCUGGUCACCGGACUCGUCAGCUUCUGGAACAGAUACACGCGGAUCCCUGUCUCAGAGCUGUUAUUUGAGCUGGCAAGUCCUUGUAACAGCUUCAGCUCUUCCGGUUAUGGUCUCUGUCCUACUGAGGAAAAUAUUCCCAAUGUUAUUGGAUACCUCUGCAUAGCAUUCGUCAUCAAGUCAGCACUAACAGUGGUGACCUUUGGUAUCAAACUGCCAGCAGGUAUAUAUGUGCCAUCGAUGGUGGUCGGUGGCCUUCUGGGACGUAUUGUUGGUCACACAGUACAGUUUCUUACUUUGAAGUAUCCACAACUUGAGAUUUUCGGCAACUGCCCUGCGAAUGGUAAUCCGGAAUCUUGCGUCGUGCCAGGCGUAUACGCUCUUGUUGCAGCUGGAGCUACGAUGACUGGUGUAACGAGACUUUCAGUCACUUUGGCAGUCAUUCUAUUCGAGCUGACCGGUUCUUUGGAGCACGUUCUUCCUUUCUCGAUUGGUGUUCUGGUAUCGAAAUGGACAGCUGAUGCGUUGGAGCCUCUGAGUAUCUAUGAUCUACUCACCGACAUGAACUCCUACCCAUACCUCGAUGCCAAAUCCCACCCACCUUUCCUCGGCGACCUUGGCGAUAUAACUCACGAACCCAACCCAAAGCGUCUCAUCGACAUUUCCUCAUCUCCCUUUGUCCACUCCCAUCAGCUUCGCGCCAAACUCGAAUACAUGCACAUGGCCGGUGAAUUAGAUGGCGGUCUGCCAAUUAUCAAAAAUGACGUUCUCGUCGGCAUAAUCCCCGGCCCCGAUCUCGAAUUCGCCCUCGACCAUCUCAGCGAAGACGAUGCAGAAAACGCAAUGUGCUAUCUCGGUCGCCCAGCCUCGCGUUACUCUGCGGAUUCCGGCUCUCCAUCCGAAUCCAUGAACAUCCUCGAGUCAUCUGAUGCAGAAAUCGGGCGUGGGUUGCGCGACGGCGAGUUGGACUUUUCCUCAUGUGUGGAUCCAUCACCUAUGGCUUUGGAUAUCAAGUCUCCGCUUGAAUUAGUCUUUGAGUGUUUUUCGAAGCUCGGGUUGAGGUAUAUCUGUGUUUUGGAUGGGGGUAAAUUCAAGGGAUUGGUGCAUAAGAAGGCGUUUGUGCGUUAUGUCAAGGAAUUGGAGCAUCAGGAGAGGAAGGGGGAGCAUUGA